ACCCACCUCUCUCAUUCUCUCCGCGCACGCAACCUCUCGCACCGCACGCUAACGCAUCCGCCGCCUCUUCUCUUCCAUCGUCGUCGUUGCCUCGUCUGAUCUGGGGAGAAAGAGAGUGCGAGUCUCCUACCUCCGCCGCGUCCGCGUCCGCAUCACUCUUCCGCGCCCCGGCGCCGCCGCGUCCGCCACUUCUCCUCGCCUUGUCGUCCCCGUCCCUCUCUCAUAGCCGAGCUCCAGCCCUUCACCAUCCCCUCCUCCUUGACCGCCUCUCCCCUCGUCUGAAGGAGCACGGGGCUGGCAGCUGCGCCUGAGCCGCCACAAGGCCGUCAGGUAGAGAAGAUCUGGUGCCCACAGGCCGUUCCCGCCGCUGUCCGACAUCUCGGAGUUGCCAGAGUCGCCGUCGCCAUACGAAGACGAGUCGGCGGGGAGAUGCUGGUGUUGGGAUUCGGGAGGGUCCAAUCUGCAGCAAAUCCUUGGGAGAUAUGACGGUGUAUUUUGGAAUGCUCGACGGCUUGCUGGGUGCAGAAGAGCUUCCUGAGGAAUACCGGAACCGAUGCCAGGAUAUACUCUGUAACGACUGCGGAAAAAAGGGCUUUCUUGGUUCCACUGGCUGUAUCACAAAUGCGCCGCCUGUGGCCCGUACAACACCAGAGUUAUCAAGACCGAGGCACCAGAUUGUUCCAUGUCGAAUUAACAGGUCCGCCGACGAGGAUGUGGAUGAGGACGAGGUCGAGCCCCUUCCCGGCGCGAUCUCCUUUUGGAGGCUAUUCAACUUCGCCGAUGGCCUCGACUGGGCACUCAUGGCCGCUGGCACAGUCGCCGCUGCCGCCCACGAUGCAGCAUUCAUAGUCUACAUGCACUAAUGGUCCUUGAAUUUUCUCGACGCUGAGCGGAUUUAGUCUGCUCUCCACGGUCGUAGCGACGAGCCCCUCAACCAAUUUAAGCAGGUAAACCGUUGCUUCACAUGCUCGUCUCUUAAUUGCAUGCCUGACAGGGCCUGCAACGUGAUAUUUAUUGCCUGACUCCCGAAGGUAAAUUCAACAACAAAUGUGUUUAGGAUCCAAUUUAUUUCUGGAAGUUGAAGAGGUAAAGAUAUGCAUGCUGUGAUUUUGGUUGCCAGUGUAUGUUUGUUUAACUUUUUCCAAGGUGUUCUACUCUAUGGCCCACCAGGAACCGGGAAGACAAUAUUAGCAAGGGCUCUCGCCAGUAACAUCGAUGCUAACUUUUGGAGGUGUUGUUUUCACUUGAUUGAUGGUACUUGGUAUUUUCAUUAUGCGAGUAUUACAUUACACUGACGUACUGUCUAAAAUCAGAUUCUGUCAAGUGCUAUAAUUGACAAAUAUAUUGGAGAAAGUGCUCGUUUAAUCAGAUAAAUGUUCAGCUAUGCACGCGAUCACCACAUAAGUUUUGCUCUGGCUUUCUUUUUGCAAAGCUAAUUGGUCUUAAGCUUAAUUCCCUUAUUAUCUGUAAGACACACAUGGUGGCAGAUGGUUAUGCAUCUACUGUUGCUGAGAUGCAAGCUGUGACUUGAUAGUUCCCUUGACUGAGAUGUUGUGCCAUCUAAAUAUACUCCGGUCCAACACUAUCAAAUUUUAAACUUCAGAUCUCAGUAUCAGUUUUUCCCAACAAGAAGAAAUCAAACUGAUGUGAAUAUAAGUACAAGUGCAUUUCUUAGAUCUUUAAACUUAUAUCACCAUUUAGUUUAUUUAUGCUGCCCACAAAUUUUGUUUCAUCUUCUUCAAAUUAUUACUUCUAGCCAUGCAUUAUCUUCAUGAAUUAAAUCGAUGCAAUUGGUAGGACAUGAUUUAGUGAGGAACCAGUAAUGACCGUGAGAUCCAGCACACGGUGAUGGAGCUUCUUAAUCAGUUAGAUGGAUUUCAUGAGCUUGGCAAGGGCCAUGGACUCCAAUUUGCAGUGACGAAGUUUAUAUCAUGUUUGUGCUCAGUCUGUUAUUUCCCUUUAUCAAACACAUGGAUCUACAGCACACUAAUGGCAAGUUUGGAUUCACGGGGUUUGCGGCAUCCGCACUUUAACUUCUUGCUGGAUUUGGUGGGCAACGAUGUCAUUUGAUGUAGAACUGAGCUUGAACGCCGAUGCUGCCUCUGCCUGCUCAAGACACUGGCAAAGUCACGUGGCCGAAGGCAGUCCCAACGGGUGGCUGCACUACGCCAAGCGGGAAUGGUGAUGACCGCUACAUCUUCCGCGGCUACCGUGAGAGGUUGUGGGCUGCGUCGAGGGCUCUACUGCGAUGGCAAUCUGAUGAUGAAGCAGAUGAGGAGCUGCUCGAGCAGGCGAUGAUGAAGGCGAGCAUCGGCACGAUGGGGUUGGCGGAGCGUGCAAAUGAAGCUGCAGCCCCAAGUCUCGUGGCUGAAAUACAACGACAUAGAGUGGAGCAUCUGGUAGAUACAUCGUCUUUAGAUUGCUUGUUUAUUUGCUGAGUUUGAUUCACUUUUGGAUAACCAUCGCAUGUAAUGCAUCUUCUAACCAGGUAUAUAACCUGCGGCCACCCUCUAAGAUUAAUAUACUUCCACCUCUAAUGGAUUUUGCCUGUAUUACUGUCAUUAAUUCAAGUAUGUGUCCACUAUA